AUGGCCAAACAACUGGGAGCUGCGAUCAGCGAGCGCUUCACCUGCAAGUCCUUCCUGUCCGACCCCGUGCCGGACGAGAUGCUUCGUGAGAUCCUCAAGCUUACGGCUCGAGCCCCGACCGGAUUCAACACGCAGCCCUAUGUCGCGAUCGUGUUGCGCUCCGCUGAGGACCGCGCUAGACUGGCGAGCGCUAUGUUGGACAGCAACGUCCGCAAGGUCAACGAGGCCUCCGUCUCGGUCGUCUUCGCGGCCGACUGCGAGCCCAGCAAGAACGUUGCGCGCUUGCAGCAGCUGAACCGCGACAACGGCGCCCACGAAGCUUUCGUGAGCAAGAUCCCGCCCGUCGUCGAGUUCUUUUCGGGCGAGCACGACCCGAACAUGCCCACGGAGGCGUGGGUCUACAAGCAGACGACGUUCGCCGCCACCACCUUCCUAUACGCCGCCCAGGUGAAGCAGGCCCUGGAUAUCCCGGACCGCUACAGCAUCCCCGUGGCGGUGGCGCUGGGCCACGCGAACCCGAGGCGAAGCCCGCCAAGGUCGGUGCGCCUCCCGCACUCGGAGAUCUUUUUCGACGGCAAGUUCGGCCAGUCGCUCGAGAAGUUCUUCGACGAGAAGUAA